AUAUAAAGCAAGUUGCCAAGCAAACAAAUGCAAUUUAUUUAGCUCAUUAACACAACAGGCUGACACACAGAUAGAAAUAUUUUAUAGAUCUGUCUAAAUAUCAUCACCUAUGGAAACAAGAGUUUUUUGGAAGCAGAUUUUCGUGACUCUUUUACUUAAUUUUAUUCUAAAAACAAGCGAAUCUUUACCUCUACAUGAGUCAAGGCAAGCUAAAGAAACAGAAUAUCUUUCUCUCGUMUCAAAMGAAGAACAUAAAAACAAGGCUGGAGUGGAUAUUUUUGACUUCAUCUUGAGGCUUAAUUCAGAGAGAAAGAAAUUUUCAUCUGGUUUAGGAAGGAUGAAGAACAGAGCACCUGACGAAGGCGAAGAACUUUUUCAAGGAGACAUUGUUAUGACGGAUGACAUUCGAACCGCCUUGAAAAACAGCCAUACAGAUAUCAUGACCCUUCCCAUCAGGAAAGAAAAUGAUCAGCGGCGGAAGAAAAGAGCUGUAACUUCGCAUGGCCAAAAGAAAUGGCCAAUUGCCAAUGGUCAAGUUGAAGUYCCGUAUGUUAUCGAGACUUCAAGUGUUCCCGAUAAGACAAUUAUCACCCAAGCUAUGGAUCACUGGCACACUAACGUGCCUUGCAUCUCGUUUGUACCCAGAACUAAUCAGCCAGACUAUCUGAGCUUUUUCUCUGGUCAGGGRUGUUUUUCAUGGGUUGGUCGCAAAGGAGGCAAACAAAGAAUUUCUAUUGGUCCAGGAUGUGCAGUAAUGGGAGUUAUUGCACAUGAAAUAGGACACGCCCUUGGCUUCUGGCAUGAACAGKCCCGACCAGACCGAGAUARAUACGUCAAAAUAUUAUGGAACAAUAUUCGGUCAGACGACCUUGAUGAAUUCAAAAUGAUCGACAACUCCGACACUAACGACCUUGGAGUGGAAUAUGAUCUAGCCAGUCUGAUGCAUUAUGGUCCAAAAGCGUUUUCUAAAUCCCCUUCACUUAACACCAUCGAGAGYUUGAACGGCAGCACUACCUUUGGUCAGCGGAAUGGUCUGAGUGACAAAGACGUUGAACAGGCCAGGYUGCUAUAUUGCCCAAGGACAAAUGCUUGUCAGAUUUUGUAUAGUGAUCUCGAUGCUAACUGUCCAAGUUGGGGAAUUAUUGGUUACUGUGAUAACAAAGUCUACAAGACCUUCAUGUAUAAUAGCUGUAAAAAGACUUGCAUAUGUAAAGUUUGCGAAGACACGAAUUCGGGAUGUCUGGGAUACGUUAAUGCAGGGUAUUGUACCAACGAUGCUCACAAGGACUGGAUGAACUUAAACUGUAGAAAAAGCUGUGGAUUUUGCCAUUAACCAUUAUUAAUACUAAAUAGUUAUUUAUUAUGAACGAAAUACUUUAUUYAUUAAUUAUCAAGAUGUAUAGGCAUUGGUUGAAUGGUUUAUAAGCGUUGUCUUCAUGAUGCAAUGUGCUAAUCAUUUUGAAAAUAGGUUUGAUCACGUGGCUUUAUUGGAUUGUAUGGUUGGCAAUUUGUGUGACUGAUUUUUGAUAAUUUGAGGUGACUUGAAAUUUUCAAUAUUCCACUAACUUUAAAAUUAAAUAACAUAUUAAAGAAGCAAAAAAUUAAAAAUCGCUAACACUUUUAGAAGUUUAUCUUUUUCRAAGCCGUAACGCCAUGCCACUAGUUCACCUCUACCGAGCGUGCCCAAUUUGUGUUUAAGCCUCUUAUUAUAAAAAUCUUUAUCAUCUGACCUUUAAAACGUUAUAUACCGCCACCCGGUCAGCUCAGUUGGUAAGAGCGUCGGUCUGUUGUGCGGAAGGUCGUGGUUCAAGCCUCAGCCGGACCAACACUCAGGGUCUUAAAAUAACUGAGGAGAAGGUGUUGCCUUUGUAAUUAUAUCUGCAAAUGGUUAGACCUUCAAGUCUUCUCGGACAAAGUCUUAAAACCGUAGGUCCCRUCUGUCUUCACUAUAUAACCCUGUAAAAGGCGGACGUAAAAGAACCACUCGAGGGCCACAAGUUGAUCAGUUAGCAAAAUUACUAUCACGUGUCACCCUCAUUAAAUAAAGUCUUCAAUCAAAAUAAGGUCUUCAAUCAACCAAUCAACCAAUCAAUCAAUCAAUCAAUCAAUCAAUCAAUCAAUCACUAUGUUUUAUAUGGUUUCGUUGAAAGCGUUGCGCAGAGAGAGUCCUACACGAAACAUAUCUCCAGUAACCUUCUAGUAAAAUCACUCUAGCAUGGCUUAA